ACCUCCUCCUUUUCGAAGUCGGCUAAAAAAGUACGUAUAAAAAAGGAAACUUUGCGUAAGGUCUAAGAAGGACGUAGGGGGAAGUCACCAGUGGCGCCCUAAGUCGGUAAUGAAGUGCGGGUCAUUGCAUAUCUAAAAAAUAAUACUAAUACUAACAUUAAUCUAUAUCUAUACUAAUAUUAUAAUGAGGAAAAAUUGUUUGUAUGUAGCAAAUAAUCACUGAAACUACUGAACCAAUUUUUAAAGUUUUUUAAAGAACAGAAUACUACGAUAUCCCUUAGUAACAUAGACUAUAUUCUAUUUUGAUGAAAAUAAGUUUCCAAUCAGGAAUCUGUAUUCGUAAACGUUCUGGCAAUACGAAAUAUCGAUAGAAACAUUUUGGUUAUUAAAAGAAAAUAUAAUCAUCCGCCGAUUCAUGAAGGUAGGCGUGGUUGAACUGUCAAUUUAAUGAAGGCAAUGAAUCUAACAUUUUAUUAUUAUUAAGGUUUAUAAACAAUCGAACAAUUUUAUUACAGUUAACUAAACUUACAAAAUACAAUAUAACUAAUGCAAUUAUAUCGUUUGUGAACUGGCAGUUUUUCUGAUUGUAGCACUGCUCUUUCGUUAGUUGAAUAUCAAGUUGAAUAUUCAAUUAGUUGGAUUCCGAGCCAAGGAAAAUGUUCCACACAGUAAAAAGAAAUUUUUGAAGAAUUUAUAUUUUGUACAGUAACGAUCCGCACUGUUCCAAUGAAAACUGAAUUCUGGUUUGCUGAGGUUUUUGCGAGCCUUUAUAAUCUAUCUAUUUCUAAAGGGUGAGUAAUGGGUAGGGAAAGUACAACAAGAUAUAGAAAUUUGGAGCUGAGAUUAGGGUGUUUGGCUAUGGAAAAAUCUAUGCUACAGUUACGUUGUGACUAAGCGUGUUGGUCAUCCAACAAUAAUAAUUUAUUUUUUAUUGAUGCUUACUAAUGCAUAUACCGUGUAAUCCUUUAUAUUAGCCUAUAUGUAGUUUAUGCACCAACCAGUAUAGAAAGUAGCAAAAAAUUGAAUUGGUAAACAAUUUUUUCAACUGUUUUACAACAAAAAUAGGCCAUCUAUACCGUUUUAUAGAUUUAUUUUGAGACAGAAUUCUCUUUCAAUGGGAAUAGUAAGGCGCCAACUCUCUGCUUGCUGUUGGUUUAUUGUACCUGAUCAAGUGUUGGCCCUACGGUAAGAAAUCUUCAGUUGGCCCCUUUUAACUUUUUGCGACACAGUAAUUCAGGUCAUAAAAUAGACCCAUGUUGCACAGGAAUUUUAUUGCGUUUUAAAUCAAACAAAAUUGUUAUGGAUUUGUUCUUUGCAUUUUGAAGCUGAAGGGUCAAAAAUUACCUACAUUAUAUUCAAAUCACAUUUAUAGUUUUAAGAAUAUUAAAACAUAAACAUUAAAUAAAAAUAUGUUUUUUUUUUUUUGUAUUACUCCCCAAGUUGCAUGGUGGGACGAAUAAAAUCCCACCAUACUUUCAUCAUUUGCAAACAAAUUUAAUCUUUAGUUUUUAUUACAAAACACUUCACUUGUUUAUAUAGAACUAAUUUUUAUAUAAAUUAACUUACCUCUACGAUUUUUCACAUAAAAUUCAGGAAAGAAGUAUUAUCCCAACAAACCUUUCGCUUGCAACAAUUGUUGAACCGGUAUCAGCAUGUUGAAAGUUGCCAACAUAAGUGCAUACAUUUGUAACAUUGGAUGAAUAUAUUACCAACUAUACACAUGCAGCUAUCGCAAAAUUUCGAGGUGAGAUUAAAAAUGUCCCACCAUGCAUUACGGUCCAUCGAAAAGAUGGGACACUUUUAAUCCCACCGUGCCCCAAAGAGAUAUUAAAAGUAACGAGGGGUCUAGAUUGGGUGUGAUCGUUGGUCCAGUUGAAGAAAAAAGCGACAAUCCUAACCGUUGGAUAACCGAUAGUCACAUAAAUGGCCCAUAAAAAUGCCAACAAUAAUUGCUACUAGCGCGUUGUAAACGAGGAGUAUAAGGGUCAGGUAUCUAUUCGGAAUCGACGAUCCUUAAUGUAAACACGUUGACGCCGAAAACAAUCCUUGGCUGGGUCGAGGAGCGGUCACGUUCACGGUAUCUCAUAAAAAAAUGUAUCACGGAUAGGCAACGAUGUUGUUAUCUGGAAGAAGCACGGAGAUAAACACGGAGACGGCUGUACAAGACGGUCAUCGAUGGGACGCCAGUAGUAUCAUUGCGGCUGUCCGGUGGUAAACACGGUCGCGUGCAAGCGAAGCUAACACCAACACCGAGCGAUAAGGUCGCGGCCACACAAGACGUUCGUUCAACGUUCACACGCCACAUCCUAAAGCAUCGAAUCCCCCAUCAAUCGCGACGCGAGUGAAAGCGAAAAGCUUGUUCCGAUCGGGGUCCUCGUCUCGUUCGGUCAGUUUCUUUUUUCGUCGUCGCGAGCGCGAAACGGUGUACCUACCGGCUUGUGGAGUAACGCGUUCGCGUUCCUUUUUUACCGCGAGAGUGUGUAUGUGAGUGUGUCCGUGUGCGCUUGUGUGCUUCGUAUGGUGAACGGUGCGCGUGGUGAACGUUCCUCCUCGCGGAACAACAUCAUGACUACGGAUCACGAAAACGAGACGAAGGUGAGGUUAAGGCGGACCAAGAGCGUCACCAGGGCCGAGGAGAUCCAGAAAGCCGAAAUGAUGGUGCGCAAAUCGCAGCCUGAUAAACCAUGCCAUCGUCCUAGAGAUAGUCUCUUCUCCUGGAGUUCAGGCUUCGACAACUUUACGGGAUUCGUCAAUUGGGGCUUCCUUUUGUUGUGCAUCGGUGGAAUCCGUUUGCUCCUAGAAAAUUUCAUAAAGUACGGAGUCAGGGUGGAUCCAAGGCAAUGGUUUCUGUUCCUCAGCGGCACAUACGAGGGUGGCGAGGAAUAUCCGUCCGUUCUGCUCAUCAUCUAUUCCACUAUACCCGUGGGCCUUUGUCUGCUGAUCGAAAAAGGAUUGUCGGUGGAUAUCAUAGCUCACGGGCCAGGGAUGGUGUUCCACGUCGUAAACCUCAUCGUGAUGGUACUGAUACCGAUGGUGGUCAUCCACGUGAAGGAUUCCGGAUUCAGCCUGAUCGGUGCCAUGUACGUGUGCAUGCUAUAUGCUAUCCUGUUCCUGAAGCUCUGGUCGUACGUGCAGGUGAACAUGUGGUGUCGGCUGUGCAGCCGAAUAAAGUCAUCGAGCCAAAGCAGAAUGCGACGGCAAUCUUUGUCGUACAACAAUCUCCAAUCUUCCAGCGUGAAACAAAACGGCGAGGAGGUCGAUGACUCGAAGAACGAAGUAGACGGUACGGCUUUGGUGCAAUAUCCGGACAACUUGAACCUCCGUGAUCUUUACUACUAUAUACUGGCGCCCACGCUCUGCUAUGAACUGAAUUUCCCCAGAACACAAAGGAUACGGAAAAGAUUCCUGAUCAAACGUCUCGUAGAGGUUGUAGUUGGCUGUCAAGUGGUGAUGUCAUUGUUUCAGCAGUGGAUGAUUCCGUCCGUGAAGAACUCUUUGGUCCCAUUCAGCAACAUGGACGUGGCGAAGGCGUCGGAACGUCUGCUCAAGCUGGCUAUACCGAACCACCUGGUCUGGUUGUGUUUCUUCUACUUGUCAUUCCAUUCAACCCUGAAUCUGAUAGGGGAACUGCUGCAUUUCGCCGAUCGGAAUUUCUACUGCGACUGGUGGAACGCGAAUAACAUCGACACUUUCUGGAGAACAUGGAACAUGCCCGUGCAUCGAUGGGCCUUGCGGCAUCUCUAUAUUCCUGUCAUUGAAAUGGGCUACAAGAAAUCAACGGCUUCUCUCACGGUGUUCUUCAUCAGCGCCUUCUUCCACGAGUACCUUGUCAGCGUGCCCUUAAGGACUUUCAAAAUCUGGGCGUUCAUGGGAAUGAUGGGACAGAUACCAUUAUCGAUGCUGAGCAAGAAGGUGGAACAGAAUUGGGGCGCCAGAUGGGGCAAUAUCAUGGUGUGGGCGAGUCUCAUUAUCGGACAGCCACUUUGCAUAAUGAUGUAUUACCACGAUUAUGUGAUAACUCACUUCGGCCAGAUAUUGGUCGAGGAUUACUCGACGGUGUAGAACGCAGCAACGAACACAGGGAAGAGAAGAAAGCAGUUCUCUUCGACCGAACGGCAUACUCGACGCUCUUUCGCCAAACCCAUUGCAUCGUAUGCUUGUUGCGCAGCGUCCACCUUGCGAUUUAUUCGAGUCCAUCGUAAAACACUAUUUGUUCUGCCAUGUCACGCUGAUCAAUCGAUUUUUGUUCCUUCGAACGGAAAGGGAACAGCGUGAAGAAAAAACAGAAAUUACGCGCAAGUGCCUUAAGUAUUACGCAUCUCGGUUUGAUUCGCGCUUAACGACGCGAUCGACCGGAGCAAUAUACUCUGAAUUAUGCUAAUAGGGUCUUUGAAUUCUUUCAAGGUAUUUGCCACGUUCUGUGCCGGACCGAUUCUCGAUUACUUUCCAUUCAGGUCGUAUGCGCCUCAUGCAGUUGCGAUUAAUAGUUUCAUUUUUUCCCGUAUACCUUAAUAAUAUUCAUAAUACUGAGAAAGUUAUAAUCAUCAGGAAAAUGGUUUGAGUUUUAAAAGCCCAUCGUAUAAAAUGAUAUACACAUAUAAUAGCCGCAUUCAUAUGCAAAUACAUAACAUCCAAAUCAGUGUACACAUGUCGUAUGUACAUUUUCCGCUUUAUUUUGCUUAAUAAACGCACUACAUCUAUAAACCGAAUCGGAUAUACAGUAGCUAUAACCAAGCGAUAAUUGUUGCCAUAAUAAUGCAUGUAUAAAUGUUUCAUCAAAUGCCGUGAUCAAUGAAAUGAUCGUUACGCCGUGUGAAGCGCAAACGCAAUAAUAAAUAACAAUAAUAUAUGUGCUCUACAUGAUAUUCAGAUGUCAAUAUAUGAAUUCACAAUAAGUAUUUAAAAAAUUUCCCGUGUUACAGUGAAAAUUUAAAAGGUCUUGAAUGGAUGCUUCCAAAGAGUUAUUGUUUUUUUAAUAAUUUCAUAUUUCAAUUUAUUAAAAUUGAGUUAAAAUUUCAGAUGGCUUGAACAGAAAGUUUAGCGAGAAACGCAUGUGCGGCACGGAACGUGACAAACGUUAGGUAACAAAAUAUUCAUGAGGAAAUAAAAGUAACUCAUAUUACGUAGCCUUUCACCUUUCAUCUUUGUCGUCUACUUUUGAAAAGCAUUUUUCCUAUUGUUAUAUUAUCAUUCAUUGCUCAUUUUAAACAGCAAUAAAGAUCACUAUUUUUUAGUCUGGACGCAAGCAAUCUUUAUCACGAAAUUUAAUAUACCAUGUACUAGUUUUGAAUCAUCUUCUAACCUACAACUAUUGAGAUUAAAUUAGUAUUUUCAUUUUACAAAUUUCUGUGAUAAUCAUUGAGAUUUUAAAUACUUCCUUUCUGUUUUAAUUUUAUAUUCAAGAAAUUAAGAAAGAUUCAGAAUCUUUCCGAAAUCGUUAAUAAUUUAGACUGCGGAUUUUUAUGCAUUUAUAGGACAUUUAAAUAUGCAAUAAUAUCAAAAAAUAUUGAAAGUAAAGCUUAUAAUACUUGGAGAGUAAGAUAAAUUCCUUUUUAGAAUCAAUUUUCGUACAUACAUUUACAAAGAUUUUAUUUUGCGUAAAGAUCCGCAGUCUAUUAAUAAUAAAUUCGUAACGCUCAGAGGCUACCCAAUGUAAGUUAUUUUUCUUUCUAUAACGAUUAGUAGUUUUUCUUGUUUAUAUGCCCGUGUAGGUGAUGGUUCGAUAUAUUCAUAGAAUAUUUAAGUGUAACAUUUACCGUUGCAUUCGCGUUUUAGUCGCAAGACACUAACUCACUUUGAUACUAGCAUUUUACCGUUCUCCAUAUUUCUACGUAUUUUUCACUUUUCGUUGAGGCUCGAUUUUUGCAUGUUUCUUGUUUAAUUAUUCUACCUUAAGUUACUGAAACAAAAGUUUCAGGCCAAGAGAGAUAUUCGUUGUCGUACAGUGGCCAAUUUUAUUAACCCUUUUCAUUAACCCUUAACCCACACACAAUAGAAAUAUCGGGUUUUUACAAACUGGAAGAGUUCAUUUAUUUUCUUCAAUACACGUUCUAGAGGAAAUAAAUUAAAUAGUAUUAACCACGCUUGCUAAAAUAAACAGUUUUGAAACUGAAGGAGUAAAGUUAAGCAAAAGAUAGGACACUUUCUAUUCCUAUAAUCAUAAAGAGUAAACUAUGUAGGUUGUUAAUUAAUAUGUGAACUAUAUAUGCUAUACAUAUACAGACUGUCCUAAAAAUGAUAGAGGUCCUUGAAAGGGGUGGUUCGGGGGUGAUUCGAACGCAUUGAAACAACUUUGUUGAAUCUUUGAUCUUGAUCUUCAGAACGCAAAAUACUAAAGGACUCUUUGAUUUGUGGUGGUGGGAAGAGUUGAUCCUCAAAAAACCUUCCACAUAUUAAUUAACAUCCUGUAUAGCUGUUAAGUCGAUACUACAUAGAAUAGUUAGUUUGCCCUUUACUUCCUCAAAAACAUCUCAAUUAUAGUUUGCCAAUGAUCGAAAUCAUUACUUAAUCUUGUCCAGCUAGAUUCUGAAAAUUGGCCACUGUGGCGUCGCGUCGGCGUGCUCUGCACACAGUCGCGUUGCGGUAAUCGACGAAUAUUUGUCGCGAUACUCUGCUCGUCGUUGAUACGAAAUUCCAAGUGUUUUAGUCGUAUACGAGACAGUUUUACAGAAUUUUACCGUUCGAGCGGCUGUUGUGUUCGCUCGAUCGUGAACGAGGCUCGUAAAUUCUCGAGCUUUCGCGACUUAGCUCGCGUAAACGGCUCGCGGUGUGCAUUCGUGCAGACACGAAUAUUAUGCGUGCGUUGAGACAAUAAUUCAUCAUAUAUAUUUCCUUUUUUUCCCCAUAUCUGGCAACGACUUUACGACCUCGGGAGAGAAGCGCAUUCGGAAUAUUAGCCGUAAUAAAUUUGUCCUGAGAAUAGAGUCUAGAAGUCGCGCGUUUGGUAAAUAUUUCAGCCCUACCCGUGUAUCGCGGAAGAAUUUAUAACAGCAGAGGACGUCGGAGCUCGAGAUUUAACGAGCCCACUUGGGUGCCAGUUGUGUAUACGAACAGGAUCAAUUUUCUAGAUUCCGUUCUGCUCUUGCGGCCUAAUGCGAUCGUGUGACAUGCGCGAGCGCAACGCGUAUGGUUGUCGAAUAAAUGAGAUCUUUGUUACCAG